AUGUCUUCGAUGGUGAUUUCAUUGGCUCAUUUCUGUGACAAACAUGGCCCAAGGAUCAUAUCGGUAACACAAUCUGCAGAAAAGGGAACAUUAGGUGAAGACUUAUUAGUACCUGAUUAUCCAACAGACUCUUACUGUGAGUCAUGUCUUUUACAGUUCCCUGAAGAAUCAACGAGAUCGAUGAGAUGCUUCAUUGAAGAUGUCCCAUUCAUAACUACCCAAUACUCUUCUAUACGGUACCAAUUGCUGAAUUCCAUAAUUAAAAGAGCUUUUUCCGAAGAGACAAUGAUCUAUGAUAAUAUGCCAUUCAUAUAUUUUGAUGAUUUGCGAGGAUUGAACUUGGUGAUAGGUUUCAAACUGUAUGAUGAGAAUGCUAGGGGUAACGAGAGAAGGUAUUGCUUCAUUUUGACAGUGGAUUCCAGAAAUCACGAUGAAUCUAUGAAAAUGUUAAGUGAAAACUGGAACUUUAUUAUUGGCGGGUUCGAUAAAAUGAUCACUUACAUCAAAAGCAUUCACAAAAGUGAAUUUAUGGGGAAAAAUCAAAAGAAAGAAGAUAAACUAGAAACCUUGAAUAAUAACGCGUUUAUUGGUUCGUAUUUGCGUGCGAAUAAGUCUAAAAUCGGUCGUAAUUUAGUGUCCCUUACAAACGACAAAUUUUUGUUUGUUCGGAUACACAAGUGGAAUUCAUUUUUAUUGCAUGCGCUUAUGAAAGAAGAUAAAUGA